CUCAUGACAGGGGAUCCCGUGAGUUGUGUGACUGGAGCUUCACGGACCAUGAAGUCAGCGGGAUGUUAGAGUCAGUCUCAGAGCGGUAAUCCCAGAAAGAUGGGAGGGGCAGAAAAGAUGCCACUUAUUCAGUAUUAACAGGAUGAGAGGAUACCAUGGGGAAGGCAGCCAAUUACAGCCUCCAUGUCAUUGCAUCCCAGAAACACCAGAGAGAGCAUUGGAUUUCCCUCAUCGCGGCCCAGACUUUCGCAAGUCCUAUCCCCGCAGCACCUCUGAGUCUUGUUCCCUUGAUCUGCACUAUUGCCCUUCUAGGAGUGCCGGCGUGACAUCAGAUUGCCCUGGUGGUCCUGUGAGCAUGCCUGAGCCACGGUCCUCCAGUGGUGGUACUUACCCCAGAAUGCACCACAACCCUCAGCAGUUCGACUGUGAUGAAUGUAUGGCUGCCAUUGCUCAUACCUCCAGCAAGAUAAAUCGCUUGCCACCAACUUUGUUGGAUCAGUUUGAGAAACAGCUACCCAUAAACCAUGAUGGCUUCCAUACCUUGCAGUACCAGCGAACCAGCACCACAGAGCAGCGCAGUGAGAGUCCAAGUCGCAUUCGCCACCUUGUGCACUCAGUCCAAAAAUUGUUUGCCAAAUCACACUCCCUGGAGACACCUUCUAAGAGAGAAUACAAUGGCACCAGGUAUGAAGGACGUGGAGGAGAAGGCUACCAGCACUCCCAGUCUCGACACAGUAAAAGGAGUAAAAGUAAAGAUCGCAAGUCUGAACCUAAGCACCGAUCAAAGAUGGCAGGGUGGUGGAGCUCUGAUGACAACCUUGACAGUGACAGCAGUUUCCUGGUGUCAGCUCGUCAUGCCAUGGAGCAUGGAGCUCCCUUUGGAGUGGACACUCCUGAAAGUGCCUUCAGAGACUUAACCUUGAAGAGUCUGAAAGGUGGAGGUGGAGGUGGAGAGGGCAAAUGCCUUGCUUGUGCUGGAAUGUCUAUGUCCCUUGAUGGGCAAACACUUAAAAGGAGCACGUGGCACACAAUGACCGUCAGUCAGGCCCGAGAAGCCUAUCCCAGCUCAGGCAGCCAUCACCAGGACAAGAUGCUUAUGCUUCAGGAGGCCAAGGGAAAAGAGCGAGGCUACCACUACUUACAGGUACCACCAGAUGAGUGGGGAGGAUAUCCUGCAACUGGGAAAGAAGGAGAAAUACCAUGCCGAAGGAUGAGAAGUGGCAGCUACAUAAAAGCCAUGGGGGAUGAUGACAGUGGGGACUCUGACACCAGCACCAAAAUGUCACCCAAAGGUGUCACUCGACGGGAGAAAUGCCGCAGAUCUUCAAGUGUUGACCAUCCCAGAAACAAGUUUCCAUGUAAGCGAUAUUCUGACUCAUGUCUCUGUAACUGUCCCAGCUGCUGCACUCCACCUAAAAUUCAUCCAAAGGGACAUGGCUACGGUCUCUCUCUCACGGGUCAGGUUAAGGGUGAACUAAACCACCAAUCAGGGGCCACAUGUGAAUCGGUGUUCAGCGAAGUGGAGUCCCAUGCUGUUGAAGCUUUGGAUCUCCCUGGCUGUUUCCGAAUGCGCAGUCACAGCUACCUCCGUGCCAUCCAGGCUGGCUGCUCCCAAGAUGAUGACUGCAUCUCUGUCUUCUCCUUGUCUGGCCCAUCAGGACAAACCCUUGCCAGCAGCAUUCUCAAACCCAACACUUCUUUCAGUUACCGGAAAGCCCCACCACCUAUCCCUCCAAGGCUUCUCUCCAAGCCUCUCAUCUCGGUGACCGCCCAGAGUAGCACAGAAUCUACCCAUGAAACCUUUCUGCACAAUGAGCCUACCCGAUUGCCUUGGUCCAAAGAUGUCAAGGUCCACUGCAAUUCUAGUGAGAGUCUGGAGGGAACCAAGUCCAGAGGUCUUUCCUUGGAUCUGGCAACAGUCCAGCACAGAGCUUCACCCAAACCUUCCACUGUGAUCAGCAAAGCCCUACCAUCAAGGGAAGAGCUAAAAGGUGGCACACGUCAAAGAAAAUGGCGCCCAUCUAUUGGUGUACAGGUAGAGACAAUCUCUGACUCAGACACUGAAGGAAAGAGCAGGAGAGAAGUUCACUCCAUUGGGGUUCAAGUAGAAGAUGACAGAAGGAGGUCAAGGUUUAAGCGCUCUAACAGCGUGACUGCCGGAGUUCAGGCUGAUUUGGAGCUUGAAGGCUUCCCAGGACUGACUGUUCCCACAGAAGACAAAGGCCUGCAGUUUGGACGCUCCUUUCAGCGACACUCCUCUGAGCCUUCAGACACCAGCCAGCAGUACUCAGUGUAUAAGACAGUUCAUACUCAAGGCCAAUGGGCAUAUAGAGAGGACUAUCAAAUGCAGUAUGAUACAGGAGAAGAGUCUCGUCAGGAGUCUUGGAUGGACAGAGGCACUCGGAGUCUCCCAGACUCUGGAAGAGCUUCUCCAUGUCACAGGGAUGGAGAGUGGUUCAUUAAGAUGUUGCAGGCUGAGGUGGAAAGGAUGGAAGGAUGGUGUCAGCAGAUGGAGAGAGAGGCAGAAGAAUAUGAUCUACCAGAAGAAAUUCUGGAGAAGAUUCGCAGUGCAGUAGGCAGCUCACAGCUCCUAAUGUCUCAGAAAGUCCAGCAGUUUUUCAGACUUUGCCAGCAAAAUAUGGACCCCACAUCAUUUCCCUUACCCACUUCUCAAGACCUAGCUGGUUUCUGGGACCUCCUUCAGCUAUCCUUUGAGGAUGUGGGUAUGAAAUUCGCAGAGUUGCAGCAGAUAAAAGACAAUGGAUGGAAAUUAUUGGAAUGCAAGGAGGAGAAGAAACUUCCUCCUCCCAUACCAAAGAAGCCACUCCGUCAGAAGGUACAUCCAGUCAAAGAUCGUUCUUUGGAUUCUGUUGACCGUCAGAGGCAAGAGGCCAGGAAGAGGCUACUGGCAGCUAAACGGGCUGCCUCUUACAGGCAUAACUCUGCCACAGAGAGUGCCGACAGCAUAGAGAUUUACAUCCCGGAAGCCCAGACUCGACUGUGAAGAGGACAAUAUAAACUAACCUUUUGUAUGCGCUGUAUAUAAUAAUAUACAUAUAUACAUAGAAAAUAUUUAGAGAUUAUUCUAAGAA